AUGAGCGGUUUGAAGUUUGCACCUCCGAGAAAUCUGAGCAAAUUUCAAACCUUUAUGGAUGUUCAUAAGUUCUCUAGAAAAUUGAGUAUUAAGAGACACUUCUUAACGAAUCCUAUUAAUGAGGGGCCUCAGUGUGCUUCAGAAUAUAGGCAUUCUAAUCUGUCCAACGCUUCUUUGUUCAAUCCCGGGACCCUACCUGCUAGCAUUAGGGUCUUUAGGGACGUUGUACUUAAGGACUUGGAUAAAAUGAAGAUUAGGAAGGCUAGAUUGAACAAAGCUCUCGAGACAGGACUAGAUUCGUUGUGUUCCAACAAAUCACUUGUCAUCAGGCCGGCCGAUAAGGGAGGUGGCAUCGUCGUCCUAGACAGAUGCGACUAUGUUGCAGAGAUGCAUCGCAUCGUGGACGACGAUGCCACCUACACCCCUUUAAGCCGUGACCCAGUCGUCAAAUACAAACGCGACCUGGAGGUCUUAGUAGAUCAGGGCCUCCAGAAAGGGAUUUUAAACAAAAAGGAGAGUCUGUUCCUGGUGCCGGUGGCCCCCCACUUUGAUGAAUGCCAGACAAAAAAUGGAGGAUGCCACCCAUCAGCUACCUGCACAAACACGCCUGGAAGUUACAACUGCACGUGUCUGAAUGGAUUCACAGGAAACGGCAUUGACUGCUGGGACAUUGAUGAAUGCCAAGAAAGUAGAAACAACUGUAGUCAUUAUUCGAAGUGUACCAACACUGCAGGAUCCUAUCAGUGUGCUUGUCUUAUCGGUUUCCAAGGCAAUGGAAUCAACUGCACCGAUAUGAACGAAUGCUCAGAUGGUCAUAUUUGCGGUAACAACUCCCAAUGUGACAACACCAUUGGCUCUUAUUUAUGCUUUUGCCACUUUGGAUAUACAUUUGCUCAAGGCACCUGUAGAGACUUAGAUGAGUGCAUUAAUCAGACUAUAUGCCACGAUAAUGCCACCUGCAUUAACACAGAUGGGUCUUUUCAAUGUAUUUGCAAUAGUGGAUAUUCCGGGAAUGGCAGCCAUUGUGAAGACAUUGAUGAGUGCAACUUAGAACAUUCAGUGUGUCCAAAGAAUUCCACCUGCUUCAAUAGCCUUGGAUCUUAUAAAUGCCAGUGCUGGGAUGGUUAUAAUAAUAAUGGAUCAGCAUGCAUAGACAUUGAUGAAUGCUUGGAUCCCAUCAGUUGCCAUCAUUUCAGCUCAUGUUUUAAUAGCCCUGGCUCAUAUUCUUGUAUCUGUGGUAUUGGUUAUACAGGAAAUGGCUCCUAUUGUGAAGAUAUAGAUGAAUGCAUGCAGUACCACCAACCAAGCAUCUGCCAUAAUAACUCAUACUGUAUCAACACAGUUGGCUCAUAUCUAUGUCAUUGUGACUCUGGUUUUCAUUAUACCAAAGGUGUUUGCGUAGAUAUUGAUGAAUGUGACUUAGGCAUAUCAACCUGUGAUAUGCACUACAAAUGUAUCAAUACCGUUGGGUCUUACAGUUGUGAGUGUGAUGUAGGGUUCACCAACAGCAGUGAAAGUUGCAUCGACAUUGAUGAGUGUCUGUAUAAUUACACAGAGUGCCAUGAAAAGGCUUCUUGUUACAACGCGCUUGGGACUUAUGUCUGUAUAUGUCUAUAUGGCUUUACGGGAGACGGUAAGACGUGUCAAGAUAUUGAUGAAUGCCUUGGCAUUUCCGCUUGUUCUGAUCACAUGGUCUGUGCUAACUCACCAGGCUCCUACCAUUGUUCUUGUGACAAAGGAUAUAAAACCCAAGGCAACACCUGUGUAGAUAUCAAUGAAUGCCUAAACAAAACUCUCUUUUGUGACACCACUGCCAUCUGUGUAAAUCUACCUGGAUCUUAUUAUUGUACAUGUCCUCCGGGGUAUAAUCAGAAAGACAGCUCAUGCAUUGACGUAGAUGAAUGUUCAACGGUUGGAAGCUAUUGUGCCAAGCAAGCUGUAUGUGUGAACUCACCAGGAUCAUACUUCUGUAGCUGUGUUGAAGGAUUUUUGUCAAGUGGAGAUAUCUGUUCAGACAUUAACGAGUGUAUGGUAGGAAAUGAAGGUUGUCACUCUCAUGCCAUCUGCAGAAAUACAAUAGGAAGUUUCUCCUGCGAAUGCAAGCCUGGAUUUCAUGGUGAUGGACAUCAAUGUGACGAUAUUGACGAAUGCGCCACUGCUAACAUCUGCCAGGAAAAUUCAGAUUGUGUCAACCUACUGGGGUCCUACGAAUGCAGAAGUAAUCGUAGCCAGAGUUCUCUCCUAAAUUCGGGCUCUGGUGUGUGCUUUUACUCUUAUAUAUAUAAGUCACUUUUGAUCACAAACCAGAUUUCUAGGUACUUAUAUAUUGCCUAA